GUUCCCAUGGAAAAAAAAUCUCCUCAGUUUGUUACAAUAAAUCCUGAACAUACUAGCUUUGCAGUCUGAAAGGGUGAAUGAGAUGAACUGUCUGGAUUCUACUAUCUGAAAAGCUAAAUUAUUCUCCCAGAGAAUUUUUCUAAAUGACCCUGGCCAAGAUACUGGAUCUGUGUGAAGAGGACUAAGGAUAUAAUAGGAUGUCAACUGAGACAGAACUUCAAGUGGCUGUUAAAACCAGCACAAAGAAAGACUCUAAGAAGAAAGGUCAGGAUCGCAGCGAAGCCACUUUAAUAAAAAGAUUUAAAGGCGACGGUGUUCGAUACAAAGCAAAACUGAUUGGGAUAGACGAGGUUUCUGCAGCACGAGGCGACAAGUUAUGCCAAGAUUCCAUGAUGAAAUUAAAGGGAAUUGUUGCUGCAGCUCGUUCAAAAGGGGAACACAAGCAGAAAAUAUUUCUAACCAUAUCCUUUGGAGGAAUCAAAAUCUUUGAAGAGAAGACAGGACUACUACAGCACCAUCAUGCAGUUCAUGAAAUUUCAUACAUUGCAAAAGAUAUCACAGAUCACCGGGCCUUUGGAUAUGUAUGUGGAAAGGAAGGAAAUCAUAGAUUUGUGGCAAUAAAAACAGCCCAGGCAGCUGAGCCUGUAAUUCUGGAUUUACGAGACCUCUUUCAACUCAUUUAUGAAUUGAAACAAAGGGAAGAGAUGGAGAAAAAGGCACAGAAAGAUAAACAGUGUGAACAAGCAGUAUAUCAGGUUCCUACUAGCCAAAAGAAAGAAGGUGUUUAUGAUGUGCCAAAAAGUCAACCUAUAAGUCUGGAGAAUGGAAACCUGUUGUUGGACAUAGAUGAAAAUCUUGGUAGAGUCACUCAGGCUGUUACCCAACUAGAGCUGUUUGGUGACAUGUCCACUCCUCCUGAUGUAACCUCUCCCCCUACUCCUGCAACUCCCGGUGAUGCCUUUAUCCCAUCUUCAUCCCAGUCACUUCCUGUUGGUGCAGACAUGUUUAGCUCUGUACCUUACAGCACUGCUGCCGUACCCUCAGGUUAUGUUGCAAUGGGAGCUGUCCUGCCCUCCUUCUGGGGACAACAACCACUUGUUCAACAACCACUGGCCAUGGGUUCUCAGCCUCCAGUUGCUCAGGUGAUGCAGGGAGGACAGUCAAUUGCAUGGGGACAACCUGGGAUAUUUUCUCCCACCCAGCAACCAUGGCCAUCUGUAGCUGGUCAGUUUCAACCUGCUGCCUUCAUGCCAACACAAACUGUUUUGCCUUUACAAGCAGCCAUGUUUCAAGGUACCGUUGCUCCCAUUGCUACUGUUCCACCUACAAGUGAUUCCACCAGAUCAAGUCCACAGACAGAUAGACCUAGGCAAAAGGCAGGAAAAGAAAUAUUUAAAGAUUUCCAGAUGGCUCAGCCUCCGCCAGUGCCAUCACGAAAACCAGAUCAGCCUUCCCUCAGUUGUACCUCAGAGGCCUUCUCCAGUUACUUUAACAAAGUUGGGAUGGCACAGGAAGCAGAUGAUUGUGAUGACUUUGACAUCUCUCAGUUAAAUUUGACUCCUGUGACUUCUACAACGCCAUCGACAAACUCACCUCCAACUCCUGCUCCUAGACAAAGUUCUCCAUCCAAAUCCUCAGCAUCUCACACCAGUGACCCUGCUGCAGAUGACCUCUUUGAAGAGGGCUUUGAAAGUCCAAGUAAAAGUGAAGGACAAGAAGCGGAAAAAGAACCUCUCUAUGCCCAGAUCAACAGACCUAAGAAAUAGCGUUGACCCACGCUCGUGGUGCUUCAAAAGAAAAACUGCAACCUUGACAGGCCUUUGGCUUUCACAUUUUCUUUCAGUUGUUCACAUAGAAUUGAAGAUAAUCACAUCACUGGAUUGGCUCAGCAAGCAAGAUUUUUCAUCAAACAGUGGUGUUUCUGUAGGAGAACAUUUUUUAAAAUUUUAAAACACCUACUUUCCAAGCAAAACCAUUUGCCUCUUUUCUGCAAAUUUCAAAUAUCCAGCCUUUUUCUCCCCUCGUCAUAGCCUUUCUCCUUGAAAGCAGGCAAUUCAAAUAUCUUAAAAUAAUUGUCUAAUAAUAUAGAGAACACAGAAAGCAAGCACUUCAUCAAGUCAACAGCAAUUUACCUAUGUGGCUGCACAUUUUUAUGAUAUGGUAUAUUUUUAUGACCAUACCUGAUUGAUUCUGCUGUCCACUCCGUAAUGACAUAUUUGAAAGAGGGGGAAGAGUGUUUCAUUUCUCUCUUUUUUUUAAACUGGUGACAAACUCUAGCAGCUAAAUGCCUCCUGUGAAAACAGUUCUUAACUUGAAACCAUGGAAUGCCAUUCUGUUGAUUAUCUGUCUCAAUUGUAAAAUGUUGCCAAAUGGACCUUUUACGUUCCAGUGCAUCAGAAGAAGAAAAGCUGCUUUUCUGUUUUGAAUACUGCUGUGGGUAGAAAAGGACAUCUAAUCAUAUUGAUGACAAAAAAGACAAACAAUGUGUUAUUUCCUAGGGGAACUCUUGAAACAAAAGACCAGUAAAGAAAUAUUUUUUAUUUCUUUAAUUUCUUGCUGCUGUAAUGCUAUGCAGACAAGUGGAUUUCUUCUCUGUGUGCCAUUUUCAAAGAGAAAAAAAAUCAUUUGCCAAAUAAUUCCAGUAAACAUCUGGAUUUGAUUGGAAUGGACUUUAUUAGCAGGAUGAAGAUGGCAUGAAUUUUGAAAUACUGAACUGAAUCUGUGAUCAAAUUGUUCAUCUUUAUCACUUUUUGUACAUCAGAAAAAAUCAAAUCGGAUUUUUAUUUUAUAACUUGAAAUUUAAAAAAAACUGUUAAAACUCUUUAAAUGUUUAAGAGGAAAUGGCUUUAAGGAGUUUGAAUGAAAUUUGCCAGGUUUUUUUUGUAAAUAUAAAUGUUAUGAGAAUUCUUUUAAUAAUGCCAUGACACUGUAGAGAAGGUAGCAAAUGGCAGUACUUUGGAAGCGUGGAAACCCCAAUUUGUGGUUCUUGCGUCACAUAUGUUUUUUCACAUGCUUAUAAUAAUGGGCUGAGGCUUAAAUGCAUUUGACAGCAUCAGCUAGUUUGUCAGCAACUAGUAAAGUUGGUGGGAACACAUAAUAUCUUGAUUUUACCAUUCAAAUAUUAUGACACGCUCUACAAUUUUUACAGGAAAAGAAAUCACAUCAUAACCAUUUCAUAAUUAAAAAUAAACUGUUUACACACAAAUCAGUGAAACUUUUUAAAAAAACUGUCUCUUUUUUUACAUUUAUGUAAUAAAAGUGCAGUGUUUGGUUCCUAUCUUUAGCACAUGAUUUGCAUAAAGAAUCUAUAUAUUUUUGCCCUACAGAGAAUUGUUAUACAGGUCAAAUGUGAUGUUCCUAUGCAGAUUACAAUAUAUUAAUUUUUAGUGGUUUAUCACUAAAAAAACUUAAUGAACUCAAAUGGUGAAUUCUUUUUAGGGUUUGUUUUUAAAUUGAAACACCAAGAUUUCUGUGUAUUUUCAUUGAUUCAUGUAGGCCUGGAAUUGUAUAUUUCUAUAUGUUUAAAUGAUUUAGAGGAAGGCAUUUUACAAAAGUAGUUGAAAGGUGAAACAAGAUGACAAUUUGGUGAUACUGACAACCAAAUUUCAUAAAUCCAGCCAGUUAUUUUGAAGUAGAUAAUAAAGUGUGUGAAUGAUAUCCUAGAUGUGGAAAUUAGUCUCUAAUAUCAGUGCAAAAGUGAGAUCUACUGCACUCUUUCAGUCACUUUGUUUCUUUAGAUGUUAUCAGAAUCUCUACAGCAAACUCACUUCAAAAGAAUGAUGCGAAAAGUAGCUAUUUAAGAAAUGUGGGACUGUGUAUUUUUUAUUCAAUCAAGAAGAUUCCACAAGUGGUUCUUUCCACGCAGAUAUGAAUAGAAGUUGCUAUGUUCUUCCUAGCAAAUCUCUUUACUGUUUUUAUCCUGAAACAUUCAACCAUAGGAACACAGGAUUUUAAUUCUUCAUUCAUAAAACUUUUGUAUUGUGAUCACUAGUUUUUUUUAGUUAUUCAGCAAUGCAUUUAAAAUAAUAAUUUAAAAGGCUCAAUGAAAACAUUAGUAAUUAUAGGCCUUUGACAGGCUUGCCAAAGUUGUGUAGUCUGUGCAACCAGUACUACCAGUAGCUAUAAAAAUUAUUAAUCUUUGAAUUUCAAAAUCAGAAAUACAAGGAAGUUUGCUUCAUGUAAAUGCUGACUAUUUUCUUGAAACGAGAUUCCACAGCUACCAUGUCCCACUAUCAGAUUAUUCCUUUUUGCCAUCAUCUAGAUGCAACAGAAUAUGGGAGCCCACACUGUAAUAGUAUUGUCGAUAAGUAAUAGGUCUAGGGAAGCAAACAAAACUUUCCCUCCCAUUCUUCACUAGCACUAAAUUUGUCACUUUAAAUUUUAAAACCAGGGAAAUCCAACCUAUCAUUCUGGACUGUCUCCAGUAGUUUCUUGACCCCCCCCCUGCCCUAUAUCAUAGAAAUAUUUUGAUAGAUCAUAGUCAUCCAAUUGUCUGAUGAAACCUCUAAUUGAAUAAAGUACUGGGCACCUUCUUUGCAAAGAUGUUUACUUUCUACUUUGAUUCGUUUUGAUUUCUGCAUUCCAACACAUAUUUUUUUAAUAAAAGAUAAAAUUACUGUUUUGCAGGACAUUUCUAGAUCAACUUUAACUUUACCUCAGAGGAAAACCAUUUAUUUGCUGAACAUCUUUUUUUAAACUUUAUGUAUAACUUUAUGCAUUCAGCAGAAAACCAAUUUUUAGAAUUUUUCCAUUAAUUUCUG